GAAAGCUUGACCAUCUCGAGCUGCCUCUUCCUCAGAUCCCCCGUUUGUUCACACAAUACAGGAAGUCAGAGAGAGAGAAAACCCACAGCGCACGCCUUCCUGCAUUUCUACGUCUAUUAGUGUUCAAAGUCUGCUCAAUCCAACGCCAUCUUUCUGACUGAGAGGCAAAGUGCGUUAUUCUUCUUACUAAAAUGUGGAGUUAUUGCUCAGUUUGGAAGCGAUAGUGCUGAAGUCAGCAUAUUUCUUUAAAUGGGUCUGCACAGUGGAGCUGAUCGAGCGAAGCGAUGAUGAAGAGAACAUCUGGACAAGAAGUGGAAACUGGAGACGCGCCAGGUUCACAACUAGGGGCGAAAGAUGAAUGUGGACAGCCUGCCACAGCCACUGUCCUUUCGCCGUUUCCAGGCAUCAGCAUUCCGGAUAAACUCAUCAGGACUUGUCCAGUGUGGCUUCAACUCAACACCAAGAAAGAAAAAGUCACGGAAAUACUCCACCGGGAGCCGCCAGGGAGAUUCAUGGUGAGGAAAGAUUGCUCCCUCUCAAACAUGGUACUUUCAGUGAAUUUUCCCGGACUUGGUGGAAUGCCUAAUAUUCAAGAUUACUCAAUAAAAGAAGAUAAAACGAUUAUGUAUUUGGAUGGCUCUUUAUUGGUUUUUGAAGAUAUCUUCAAAAUGGUGGCAUUCUAUUGUGUGAGCAGAGAUAUAUUGCCAUCGACACUGGUUUUGCCACAAGCAAUAGCAGAAGCAACAAGUUCUGAAGAAUUACAAGUUGUUUCACAUCUGGGGAUAGAUUUCUGGAGUUCAUAUUUAAAUAAACGAAGUGAGGAAGAAACUCAUUCAGUUUUGAAAGACUUGAAUACCAUUAACAACCAGAUUCAAGGCCGUCAAAUGACUCCAAACAUAUCUGCUGAUAAAAGGCAAUGUUCAUGCGAGGUUGAGUUGUCAGCAGGAAAUGACAAAUUGUGGUUUGUCAAUCCUGUGUUUAUAAAAGAAAGCUGCAGCACUGGCCCUUCGACAGAACCAUCAGCAGACCAACGUCGAAGCUCUACAAAUAACAUGGAUCUGAAAGUGAAGAGACCCCCACCACUCCCUCCCCGACCAAAGCCAUCAGAACCGACUGCUGUGCUGUCUGAUGGCUGUGGAAAUAGAAACCAGUCACUGUGUGAGAAAGUGCUCAAGAAAAAUGAUGAUGAAAUUAAAAUUGGAAGGGAGCAUGACAAUUUAGUCAAGCAGGUUCAGGCCUUGCCACAGGGUAGAAAAGAAAUCGAAACCAAUGUGGACUAUCUAGGAACUCCAAAUCGUGAUAAGUUCCCACCAGUUCCACCAAGACGACGGCCAUCAGAAAAGCAACCUGCAGACAUUGACAGCAGCCAGAGUGAGGAGAGAAGGAAGGAGGCUAAGGAAGUUGAACAAAGCACUGAUAAUACAGGGAAUGAUAAGCUGCCAGUUGAAGACUCCAUUAAAUCGGCAGCAAAUGAGCAGCAGGAAUUGAUGAGUGACAAAUCGCAAAGUAUUGAUGGUUUGAAUAACAGCACUUCAGGCAUAUCCAAUACUGUGCAAUGGAAACAGUCAGGUCAGUCUACACCUAUUGCUCCUCCAAGAAGAAAAAAAUUAUCCAACCAAAUUGCCAACAAAGACACCCACCAAGAACACACUACCAAAGGUCAGGAAAACAAAGCGUCAAAGAUAGUUAAGUUAGUUACAAUAAAGGAUCAGUCAGAAGAUGUCUCUGGCUCCUCAGUGCAGAGCAAUUGUGUGCAAUCAUGUAAUUCCAUGGAUUUGAAACUAACUGAUGGGUCGUUGUACUCACCUGAAGGGAACAUAUCCAAUCCCAUUUCCGAAGCAGAUUCUUACUCCACCAGCAGCACAGAGGAAGAGCAAGAUCCAGUGCACACUCAUUCACGAACUAGGAAGCAACGGCACUCUAUGAUGUUGGACAAAGCAAGAAACAGACUGUCAAUUGUGACAUUAAGCAAUGUUUUGAAUGCUUUCCGUUCAACAGACAGAAAAAUUCAGAAGAAAAUAACAGAACUGGCCCAAGAGAAGGAGUCAUAUUUUGGUCACCUGGUUCAGGAUUACAAAGCAUACACAAUGGAAGUGAUGCAGAAUCAUACCUCUAGCACGGAAAUGUUGCAGGAGAUUCGGCAGAUGAUGACACAGCUCAAGAGCUAUUUACUACAAAGUACAGAGUUGACCCAAAUGGUGGAUUCAUCUUACCAAUCUGAAGAAAAACUGGAAGCUGUUGUGGAAUCAGCAUUGUGUAAAUGUGUUCUCAAACCAUUAAAAGACCAUAUCAACAUGCAACUAAAGGAAAUUCAUUCCAAAAAUGGCAAUCUGAAGCUUUUGAAAGAGAACCAACAGAUUAUGCAAAACACAACCACCACUGACUUGGGUGUAACUACCAGUGUACCUGAAGUUAGCGUCUUGGAGAAAAUACAGCAGAAACUCAGUACCAUGCACCAAGCUUAUUCACCAGACAAGAAGGUCACCUAUCUGCUCAAGUCCUGCAAGCUGAUUUAUGAUUCGAUGUCAGUUGGAAAUACUGCAAAGCCACAUGGUGCUGACGAUUUCCUCCCUGUGUUAAUGUACGUGCUGGCAAGGAGUAACCUGACUUCAUUGCUUCUGGAUGUGGAAUAUAUGAUGGAGCUGCUGGAUCCUUCAUUACACUUAGGAGAAGGUUAUUAUUACUUAACAACUACCUAUGGCGCCCUAGAACAUAUCAAACACUAUGACAAACACACUGUCACUCGCCAACUUAGUCACGAGAUCCAGGACUCAAUCCACCAAUGGCACAGAAGACGAACUCUGAACAUGAAACAAACAUCCAGGUCAUCCAUGCAGGAUUUCCUGAGUAUACACUUUUUAGAGCUUGAUUCUAAUGUCAAAACAUUUGCCAUAAGCUCAGAGACAACCGCAGAGAAGCUGUCCAGUCAGUGUGCUGAAAAGUUUGGCAUCUCGGAGACCGAGGAUUACUGCUUGCAUCUUGUCGUGGAGCAGAGGAGCCUGCAAUUGGCUGCUGAUGCGAUGCCUCACUGCCUCAAGAACAUCCUUCACAAGAGCCAGCCACAAAGGGACUAUUAUUUUAUAUACAAGCAGAUCGACCAGUUGGAGCAAGCAACAAACCCUCCAAUAAAGAACCUCCCGACCUUUUGACUUUAUAACAAUGAAGUGAUAGAGCUGCAUUAAUUUUCUGAGAAUCAGGAGAAGGAAAAGGAUGCAAUAUUUUGCUUGAAAAUGCUUGGAGUCCUACGUGAAAGCAAGAAAUCCUGGAAAUUCGCAGUAGCCCAGUGAGCAUCUGAAAGGGGUUAGUUCGAUUCAUGUUUCAAAUCUGACCCUUUAUCAGAGCUUCAACUUAAUUUUCGUAUUAGUUUAGGACAUAUUAAAUAUUUCUGGAUUUUUUCCUUGAUAUUUUGGAAUGUUUUUAAACCAGUACUAUUUAUACAUUUUAUACGGUCACAUUUGUCUUUAGAGUUGUAUUUCUCUGCUUUCCAUCUUCAUUAUUGUAAAUGGAGACACAUCGAAGGGAGCGUUUGAGAGUUUGUCAAAUGUAGACUUAAGGGAACUAAAACUUGUCAAAGGGAUGGUGCGAGAAACACAUGUUUAAAACUAACUUUAUGGUUGCCUCAAAUAUUAUGGUCCAGUCACAAAAAAAAUGACAGCAUCAGUAAAGUGACUUUCUGUGGCCCUUAUGGAUAUGCAGUUCUGGUCCUGUCAUUGUUGGUACACCAAGGAAUGGCUGUGUGACCUUCAGGUGGUUAAUGAUUAUCUGAUCCUUGAGAUAGAUCUGUUUGUUUGAGUGAUGACAUGUUUGGCUGAUCAGUGAUGCUGAUAGGCCAGACAAGAAAGUACCUUGUGGUCUGCUGCUAGCAAUGUGCGUCACAAGUAUUCAUAGCUUAGUGGGGACAGUUUGAUAAAGACAGUGGUGCACAGCAACAGCCUGCUAUGUUUCGUUUGUUCCAUAGUAACUUUCUAGCAGGAAGAUAGACUAAUGGGGGAUUUCAUAGCCACUGAAAUCAGACAAACCUUUUACUGGUCAAAGUAUAUUGCAACAGGUUGGUUAAAGAGGUUAGUUAUGAGGAGAUCUUUAAACAAGGAGAAUUGCUGGAUAAAGUGUUAGGGUGGAAUUUCUUAGGACAGAGAUGUCUGGAGUGAUGUCUGUCUAUGGAAGAAUGAAUAAGGGCCCAGGUAUGGAGGACCCAUUGUGUUCUUAAACAAUUGUAAUCCCAAAGAUGGAUAGAGAGACAAUGGGGCCAAAGCCACAAAUAUAUUUGAAACAGAGGAUCAGAAAUAAAAAUUGAGGCAUUGGUGGACUUGUAUGCACAUGGGUGAACAGAUCAAGGUAUGGGAAUGUAGAUUUGAACGAGAUAUGGGUUUUGAAACAUGGAAGAUGGAGGGUUGGUCAGGAGAGAGUUGGUCAAACCAGGGUCUAACUAAAUCCUGAAUGAAGGUGGCAGAUAUACUGAAACAGCAGAAAUGGCCAUUGUUAUAGAGAUAAUUGUUAUAAACUCCAUUCUAUUACAGUAUUUUUCAUGUUUAUGAACAAGAAAUGACCAAAGUUUCACUUUUAAAAACCAACACAAAGUGGUCUUGCACACUUAGCAAAAUUAUGUAUUUCACUUGAUAACAUUGGAUUGUAAAU